GUUUAAGCCGCGCGAUACUGCGUUAUGUUCAGCGCGGUCAUACUCACGCGUUUGACAAGGAAAAGUGAAAUCGAGCGCUAGCAACGCAAGCUGCGACUGCUCGCAUCACGCAUGAAGUAUUAUUGUUGGAAUGUUGUACUAUUGGAUUACUUUUCAUGUCAUUAGUUUGGAAGGAGCUGCCCGCACUAUAUCUCCAUACGUCCGGGCCACUCUAUCACAAAUAUGAUCUUAACAAACAAUGUUCUUGCCGAUAGUUUUCCUUUUGAUCAAUAACCGCUAUUUUGUCGAGUCCUACAGUGAUUCUUGCACCACCGUUCGUCAGCAGUAUUCUACUAUGGAUAUUGGAAACUCAAAUGAUGUCCCAUACUCUCUUCAACCAGGUGGAAUUUGUAGCGUGACUAAAGGAUGUUGCUCUGCCGAUAUGGAGCGAUCUUUCUCAAAACGAGUAAAAAGAGAGUACACAGCUACCAGCAGAGCUUACUUCGACCAUGUUUAUCAAACCGUUAAAGCUCGAUCAGAGCACUUUCAGAUGUCGAUAGAGCGGUACAUUCUACACAACGCGAGGAUAUCCCUCCAGAGCUGCUCCUUGUUACACAGCAACCUAACCCAGUUACCAGUCAGCACUACUGCUAACCAACACCUUGACAACCACAAGCAACGAGUGAUGAACGUAUACGGGAACGUCACCCACUAUUUUAACCAAGUCUACGAAAACAAAGAUGUCAAUAUAAGACGCCUGAUAAAGAAUUUCGUCAAAGAGAGUUUGUCUGGAAGAAAGAAGUUGAAGAGUACCACGUGUGUAAACGAGGUGGCUGAUAAUUUAGAAGCCGCUUUGAACGCCGCCUGGCUGGUCAAGGAAAACCUCAAGUUUGGGAGGUCUCUGUUUGGUUCAAUAAGACAGUGGCGUAUAGAUGAUUCAUGUGUAGACGCCCUGGUGGAGAUGAACUACUGUUCACUCUGCAAUCCUAACGACGUCUACCAGUUCACAAAGCCGUGCAGUAAAUACUGUCUCAACGUACAAAAGGGAUGUCUUGCUCCUGUACUUCAAAUCAGUUCCAGAGUUACAGAGUGGUCACGUCUGUUACAAAGUUUAUUAUCCGACUUACAGAACAGCAAGAGCUUGCAGGGGGGAGUCAGCGAACUGAACCACCUUAUCCACUCAACCCUUAUCAGCGACUCUGCCGAUGACAUCUGUGAACACGAAGCAUACAUUUUCAAAGAUCCAUGGAGGGUAACGUUAGAGUACCACCUGGAGCGGCUAUCAGAGGAGUUGGAGUUAUUUGAGAAUGUGUUCGACACUCUGCCUUACCAACUCUGUGACAAGAUACAGGAUUCCUCUCAGAUUGGUUCAGAAAACCAUUGUUGGAAUGGCACUGCAAUGUCUACUUACAACUGUCACAUAGCUGACAAUGGUCUCUACCCUCCAAAUCCAACACAGCGCGUUCUGGGGGACCCCAUGUUGUCUCAACAGGAAGCAAGACUUAAAGAAAUGAUAGCUAUGCUCUAUGAAAGUACCGGUAUCGCACCCUCGCCGACUCCGCAGAUAGAGGCUAAUAUAGAGGACAUGUGCUGGGACCCCCCUCCCAGAGAAUCUGUUCCCACAGGAGAAGAGGGAGAUAACAUGUCCACAAGAGACCACGACACAUUACCUGCCCCACUGGAUCCCACAUCCUCAGCGGUAACCGGCCUCAGCUUAUCUCUCCUCCUACUCCUCCUCUCCGCUACAGUCUCCAACUGAGAUCACGUGACCAACCACGUUACACUCGCCCUACUCUGCACUCACAGCUCCUACACUAUACUGGUGGUGGUGGUUCCGGUGAUCUGGUUAAGAAGACAGAGCGGUUGCAAGAGAGAGAGAGAGAAAGAAAACCUGACAGACAAAACGAAUCCUGAAAUUACAAGAAUUACCGAAGAUAGGACCCUCCCCAGGGCACGGUUACCAGGACACGGUUGCCUUAGUUUCGUGCGAAAUUAGGAAGAUUGUUGGGACAUGUCAUUAGGGAGACAAACAUGUGACUAGGAUUGGUCCAAUCGCGUGUGUAAUUCGUCCCGUCUUGGUGACUUCGUGAUCGUUACAUUGGAUUUCUGUAACGUUUCCCUGAAAUUUCUCCAAAAGUGUUCUAUGACACGGCAGAAAUGGCGUCAAACUGUUUCGUUUAGAAGCAAAAACAUUUAGUAAUACACUGAACAACCAAAAGACUCCUAAGAUUAUAAGUAUGUGAUAUUAUGACAAUUUUAUAAUUUGAAACUAAACUUGAUAAAUCAGAGGUUUAUCAUGUGUAUUGUUAACAAAACUCUAGAUUAGAUUCUUGCCUGUUAUGUACUGAAGGCAGGUCUGCAUAUUCUGCAUAUUCUGCAUAUUUCGCAUACUCCUAAUAUUUCCCAUUUCGUUUGCAUGAUCCAUGUAACACGUAUACUAUUAGAUAAAUCUGUGUUGUAUUAUUAAUCAUAAGAAAUAGAAACUUUCUAAUUUAUCUCGUGUGACUAAUGAGUAACGUGUGUAGUGACAAACUCCUGACAGUAAAAAAAAGUGGUGUCAGAUAAAAGUGGCGUCUGAAAAUAAUACCAUUUUCUUAUUUCUUGUAUUUGUUUCAUAGUAGACGCUCAUUUUAUCUGCCAAUACAAUAACAUUGUAUGGACUAUUGCUGCGCGUUCCAAGUUUUAUAUCUUUAAAUUAUCUUAAGUUUGAAGUGCCCUGAAAUUGUAUAUCGGCCCAUUUACAGUAGUCAAGGUUACUAUUUUAUGAAUUGAGUUACAUAGAAGGACCCCACAUUGGUUCCAUUGAAUUAACUGUUGUAUAUAUCAUGGAAACAACUUCGACUCACUUUUAUUAAUUGCCAAAGUGAAACUAAAAAAAGUGAGAACUUUUAAUUUCAUAAAGCUUUUCAAUGCUUGCAUCUUGAUAAAAUCUGAACCGAGGUUAUUCGUGUAACGAAACUUUGAGUUAAACUAACAUUGUGUUAUGUUGAAUAAUAUGAUCAAAUAAUUUUAUACCUCUUUGUUCUGAAAAUAUGUUGUCACUUUCCUUGUUCAUAAAAGAGUAAAGCGUUUAAAAAACGAAACAGUAAAUUUUUGCUAUACCC